AUGACGUUCAGACGACAAUGGAACGACGUGGACGAGAUGUGGACAGUCCUGAAGGAUAGACUAGUGAAACUGUUCACAAAAGACGUUAAUUUAGAGAAUAACUACAUGGAAGCAAACUCGUGAGUUAGCAAUACUUAGAAAAGUAAAACAUGUUGAUUGUGAUCUUUUCCAUUGGUCUAAAAACCACUCUUAAAAGAAUGACGAAUAGGAUACUAUUCGACAAAAAAUUAACCAGGCUGGGCAAUUGGCCGGCCCUUGACCUGGACUUUUGAACCACAUGCAAUAUUCCGAUCAGACCCAAACUUUGCAGGAUUGUUGGACUUGGAUUGAGGGCCACUGUGUCCAUGUUUCAGCCCGAUCGGAUUAUUUGGUCCCGAGAAAUGUGGAUCAUUGGCCGAUUUUUUCCAAAAAGCCCGGGCUUCCGGCCAAUUUCGGCCAAUGAUCCACAUAUCUCGGGACCAGAUGAUCCGAUCGGGCUGAAACUUGGUCCCAGUAUGCUUCAACCCAUGUCCAAGAAGCCUGCAAAGUUUGGUUCCGAUCGGAAUACUGCAAGUGGUUCAAAAGUCCAGGUCAAGGGCCGGCCAAUUGCCUAGCCCUGAAAUUAACGUUUUUUUCAGUGUGAUCUACGAAUAUCUCGUGCAAAGCGACAGCACACACCUGCGAGACGCUCGCUCAAGAAUCCUUUACGACAAAAUGGAAAUGUUCUUUUUGGAGUGGGUCGAAAGUAUCGCGGCGAGUAGCAGAGGAUUGGAAGGAGAGCUUCUCUUGGAGUUUUUCGACAAGGAAUGGUUCAAAUUUGGUAAAAUGGGCAGAGGCAUGAACUCAUUGUUUCGAUACCUUGUGAAAGGAUGGAUCAACCGCGAAAUCGAAGAAAAGCAAAAUCAUAACCUCAUGGAUUUGACAACGAUGGCGCUGACGUCGUGGAUGGUGCUACUAUUUCGCCCAAUCCAGCAUUAUUUGAUUGAAGCCGUUAUGGACCUGAUCAACAAGGAGAGACAAGGAGAGAAGAUCAAUACUGAAUACAUUUCAAGUGUAAUCAAAAGCCUCCAAUAUUGUGCAUCCGUGAACAAGAAAAUGGCGCCGGACCAUUUCUAUAAAGAAUUGUUUGAGACGAAACUUCUUGAGAUAACUAGGCAAUUUUAUGCCGAUGAAGCGAUGCGCUUUAUUGAAUCGGGAGGAAGAGCGAUUGAUUAUGUGAAUCGAGUGGAGAAGCAAAUCAACCAGGAGAUGAUCCGCGUUGAACAGUAUCUGCUCCCGACUACGCACGUCCCGUUGAAGAAGAUAUGUGAAGAAGUGCUGGUUUCGCAGCACAUCGAACUAUUCAAUACUGCAUUUGAAGAAAGUCUGAGCUCUCAUUGCGACGAGGUUGCUGCGAAAGCGUACAAGCUGUGCUGCCGUGUGGGCUCUACGAUUAUCACGGAAAUGAAGGCUUAUUUUGAAAAACACGUGGCAAAGGAUUGGUCCGAAAAGUUGGAGCGAGUCGAUCAAAAUGCGUUCAACGACCCGACAUUGUAUUUCUUCACACUCUGGCGUGUUCAUCAGAGACAUGAAAGAAUGGCUUCCGUAUUGUUGGCAAACGAUCCUGACUUUAUGAGAAUACAAGUCCAAGCUGCCACAAUUUUUAUCAAUACCAAUGCGGUUACAAGUUUGGCUCAAAAAUGGAGAGGCACCAAGUCCGCUGAAUUGUUGGCCCUAAUCUGUGACCGAUUUUUGAGAAAUACCCCGAAAAUAGCAGAAUUCAAGAACUUUGACGAUUUUACGAGAAAAUUUGUAAGUUAACCUAAAAACUAUAUCUGUUUUGUGUAUAUUCAUUCUUUCAGGUGACGGUCUUCCGGUUCCUAGACGAUAAGUUUGUUUUCAACAAAAUCUACACCAUGCUGUUUAUCAAACGAAUGAUCCACGACGCGUUGGCUAGUGAUAGCCAGGCCGAACUCAAUUUGAUGUCAAAUCUGAGACCUUUUGUGGAAUUUGAAAGCUGGAAUCAUUUCUCGACGGUGCUUCGUGACUGCCAAACGAGCAAAGAGCUGAAUGUCAAUUUCAAGAUGCAGAUGGAGUCAUCCGGCCAGCAAACAAUCAAUUUCAAUGCACAAGUACUGAAAGCCGGUGUCUCGCCUCAAAUUCAGCCGAGAAAUUUAAUUCUACCUGUCGAGCUAUCAGAACUGGCAAAGUCAUUUGAAAGCUUCUACAAUCAGAAAUACAACGGCAGACGUCUCGCGUGGAAUCACUCACAAUGUUGCGGAGAAGUCGUUUGCAACACGUUUACAAAAAGGGUAAUGAUGACCCUUACCACAUCACAAAUGUGCGUCAUUCUUCUUUUCAACGAUACCGACGCGCUCUCCGUCGACCAAAUCAUGGAGGCAACCGGAAUGGACAGGGAGACCACUCUGGCGGUUGUCACUGUUUUUGUGAAAAAUAGGAUACUGACCACUAAUCCGAAUCUUUGUGAUAAACGAUUUCCUGUGAGUGGUCAAAUCAUGAUCAACUUUGGUUACACCAGCAGGACGACGAAUGUUGAUCUAUCGAAAGUGAUAAUGAAAUUGGAAGAAGCCCGUGACACUGAAGCCAUUGUGCAGAAAAUAGAUGAUGAUAGAAAACAAGUAAUUAAUGUAAGUUUCAGUUUAUAUAUGUAAGUACAAAUCAAAAAGGGAGGGGGUGAGGUACAAUACAUAGUUACUAACAAAAUCCCAUAGCUUACUUAUUUUCUUUAAAUCUAUUGAUUUUCUUAGUGAGACCAAUUUGAAUUUUCAGGCUACCAUCAUGCACAUCAUGAAGACACAAAAGCAAAUCUCUCAUCAGCAGCUCGUCAUGGAAGUCAUCUCUCUGUUGUCAAAGUCGUUUCAACCGAAGAUUGAUAUGAUCAAAGACUGCAUUGGAUUUCUCAUCGAUCAUGCUUACAUCGAUCAGAAUAACAUGCAGAAAGACGUCUACGAGUAUAUCGUCUAA